AUGUCGCGUCCGAAUCUAGAUGAGCAUAUCCUAGUCGAUACGAGCGACGAAGACUCACUAUGUGACGCUCAAUCCAUCAUUGACUCGAAUUUCAGUCUUGCCUCCACAGCCCGUGACUACCUCUACGAGAAUGGCCGCCGAUACCACGCCUACCGACUGGGCCACUACCCAAUGCCCAACGACGAGGAAGAACAAGACCGGCUAGCCUUCAUGCAUCAUCUCUUCAAACUGCUCGUGGGCGGCGAUCUCUACCGCGCCCCGAUCCUCAAUGACGGGCCACCGAAGCGUAUCCUCGACGUAGGCACAGGAACAGGCAUCUGGGCGCUGGAGAUGGCCGAUGACUUCCCGGACGCAGAGAUCGUGGGGACGGAUCUGAGUCCCAUCCAGCCGAACUGGGCGCCGCCCAACUGUACGUUCAACGUCGACGAUGCGGAGAGCGAUUGGACGUACACGCCUGCCGAGGCGUUCGAUUACAUCCAUGCUCGGAGUCUAGGCGGGGGCAUUGGCGAUUGGAACCAGUUCCUUCGCCAGGCGUACAGGCAUACGAAGCCCGGCGGGUGGGUUGAGAUCCAGGAGUAUGAGACGUGGAUCCGCUCGGAUGACGGGACGAUUCAGCGCGCGCCUAUGCUGCUGGACUGGCAGCAGAAGAUUGAUGCGGCGAGUACGCAGUUUGGCAGGCCGAUGAAUGUUGCGUCGAGGUUGGCAGGGUGGAUGGAGGAAGUGGGGUUUGUAAAUGUCGCGGAUGAUUCUUAUAAGUGCCCAGUGGGCUCAUGGCCCAAGAGUCCCCGGUUGAAAGAGAUUGGGAGGGUGGGCAAGAUCACAUUGUACGAGGCCGUAGAGCCGUACACAUUAGCGCUGUUUACUCGCGUGCUCGGCUGGAGUGGCGAAGAUGCGCAGGAAUAUGUGGAUAAAGUACGCAAGGAUCUGCUGCGCCCCGAUAUACAUGUAUACGUUUUGUACCAUUACGUGUAUGGGCAACGACCGGCGAACGGGUCAUGA